AUGCAAGACAACAAACAGACGACACAAGAACCUGUUCAAAACGGUGAACUGCCACUUGAUGAUAUGUCUAAAUUAGAAGACACAAAGCCAAAAAAGAUGAUAAGCCACAAGAGACCGGUUCGGUAUCCAUUAUUAAGCUCUUUAAGUACUCAAAUUGGGUCGACUAUAUUUUGCUUUUUUAAUAUGCCUUUGGAACAGCAAAACAUUUUGAAUCACGUAAUUUUUGACUCUGUUACAUCAUCAGUUAACACUUUAAUUCUUCGGAUGCUAUACAUCACGCUUGGAAGUACUUUUGGUAAGUUUUUGUACCGCUUCUGCUUUUUUAUCCUUUCAGAAAGAAUUGGCUUGAAGAUCAGGAAGUUGUAUUUCUCAUCAUUACUGCGUCAAGACUCCACAUUUUAUGAUUCACAAGAAACUGGCACAUUAACAUCCCACAUUUCAAUUGAUGUUCAAAAUAUUCAAAAAGGCAUUUCUCAGAAUUUUGGAUUAUUAUUUGAAGCCAUAGCCUCGCCGAUAACAGGCUACGUAAUUGGAUUUGUCAAGUGUUGGGAUCUUUCUCUUGUUAUUCUGUCAAUAGCUCCUUUUAUGAUAUUGGGUACCAUAUUUAUGGGGUCAUCCACAAAAGUUACAAGGUCGAAAGGAGAUGUCUAUGAUUCCAAAGCGGGUGCAAUAGCCGAAGAGACAUUAGGAAGUAUUCGAACAGUCCAAUCGUUUAAUCAAGAAAAGGCAUUUUCUGAAAUUUAUUCUCAAAAUGUAAAGAGUGCACAAAAGUGGUUUGUCAUUGGUGGGCAUUUUCUUGGGAUUGGAAUGGGGUUUGUGAUGUUCACCAUUUUCUGCUCGAUAACACUUGGGCUGUUCUAUGGGACAGUUGUUCUUCGAGGGGAUGGUGGAAUGAAAAACGUGACAGCUGGAGCAAUAUUGGUUGUCUUUAUGUCGAAUGUCAUAUCCACAAUGUCUCUCUCGAAAAUCUCAAUGCCAGCAUCUGCACUUGCCAUUUCACAAGCCUCUGCAUAUAAAAUAUAUCAAAUCAUUGACAGAAUACCUGAUAUAGACGCAACCAACACUGAAGGGUUGAAACCAAGUAUGUGUGAAGGAAAGGUGAGAUUUGAAGGGGUCAAAUUUAACUACCCAACACGAGAAACAAAAAGUGUUUUGGAUGGUCUUGAUUUUGAAGUGAAACAAGGAGAAACGUGUGCAUUUGUUGGUGCAUCUGGUUGUGGAAAGAGUACAACAGUCCAGUUACUUCAAAGAAAUUACGAAGUGACUGAAGGUUCAAUUUAUUUGGACGACAGAAAUUUAAAGGAGUAUAACAUAAAGUGGCUCAGAGAGCAAAUUGGAAUAGUGAUGCAAGAGCCAAGUCUCUUUGGGUUUUCAAUCAGAGAUAAUAUAACUCUUGGCGCAAAAGAAGACCAAAGUAUCAGUGACGAAGAAGUUGUAGAAGCGGCUAAAACAGCGAAUUGCCACGAAUUUAUCAGUGCGAUGCCAGAGGGGUACAACACUGUUGUUGGUGAUCGUGGGAGUCAGCUGUCUGGCGGACAAAAGCAGCGCAUAGCAAUCGCAAGAGCACUGAUCAGAAACCCAAAAGUGUUGAUACUUGACGAGGCAACAAGUGCACUCGACACACAAAGCGAAAAAGAGGUACAAAAUGCACUUGAAAAUGCAGCAAAAGGAAGAACAACAAUCAUCAUCGCACAUAGACUGUCCACAAUCAAAAACGCAACAAAGAUCUGCGUCUUUGAAAAUGGUAAAAUCAUCGAAAGUGGAAGUCAUGCAGAACUGAUGGAUUUGAAGGGAACUUACUAUGAAAUGGUGUGCAGACAACAAACAACUGUUGAUGAUACGAGUGAAAUUGUUUCUGAAAAUAAAACAAAAGAAGAACACAAUGAUACUACAAUUAAAACGGACGAAGCAAGUGGCGAGCCAUCUGAUAUUGAAAAUCGACUACAAAAAGAUAUUGAAGACGAAAAGAAAAAGAUGAAGAAAUCGAACAAACGUGUCUUUUUGAGGACUUUCAUUGACAGUUUGAAACAUGAGUAUGUCUUGACAAUAUUGUCAAUGAUUGGUGGCAUUGGACAGGGUGCAAUAUUUCCAUUUUAUUCGAUAAAGUUUAUGGACAUAAUGAUGGUCAUGUUGAACAUGGAACCUGGCGUUCAACCAAGUGAUGACCAAAAGAAAGAUAUCAGAGUUGGAUGUUUAACUAUAUUUGGUCUUGGGUGUGGCAUCUUUUUGGCAAUGUACUUUUUGUUUGGAUUGUCAUUCAUAUCUGGUGAAAAGUUGAUAUCUCGAAUGCGCUCAAAACUGUAUUCCAAACUUUUGAUACAAAACAUUGGCUAUUUCGAUUACAAAGAAAAUGGAGUUGGGAAGGUAGUCACACGUCUUUCUUCAGACCCAACAAACAUGAAAGGGAUGGCCGGUCUCAUUUCAAAUGUCAUGAGCAUUGUCUCGUCUUUUGGGUUUGGUAUUGGAAUUGGGAUUUAUUAUCAGUACAAAACUGGGCUGUGUUUAUUUGCCAUUGUCCCUUUGGCACUUUUAGUGAUUUAUUUAAAUGGGAAAUUGAAUUCAGCACAAUCAUCACCGGCACUUACAGCGUAUUUGGAGUCUUCUUCGACACUUGUUGAAGCAAUUGAAAAUGUCAGAACUGUACAUUCGUUGUCAAAAGAAAAAUAUUUUUAUACGAAAUUUGAAGAACAAUUAAAAGUGCCGAAAAGAAACAUAUUGAAAUGGGCACCAAUUCUCUCCUUUGUUGGUGCUGCAAACAAUUUUAUGCCAAAUUCAUUCAAUUGCUAUGGUAUUUAUAUUGGGACUUUGAUGAUCAAAAAGUCGAUUGAAUUUAACACAAAUACAACAGAUUUUAUGAACGACUUUGUUGUUCAAUUUAUAAACAUGCAAAAGUCUAUAUUGUGUAUAUCAAUGGUAGCUGGCGUCUUUGAGCAAUUAGAUGUGAUUGUCCAAGACUUUGGAAAGGCCAAAAAAUCUGCACGGGCUGUAUUUAACACAAUUGAUAGAAAGCGGCCAAUUGAUAUAUCAAGUGAAGAUGGCGAACAACCAAAUGAAGUUAAAGGCGAAAUAGAAUUCAAACACACAUUCUUUAGAUAUCCAACAAGACCAGAAAGGUGUGUAUUGGAUGAUGUUUCUUUUAAGAUCAAACAUGGAGAAACGUAUGCAUUUGUUGGUGCAUCUGGUUGUGGAAAGAGUACAACAGUCUCUUUGAUUGAGAGAUUUUAUGAUCCAACAGCUGGUGAAAUAUUAUUAGACAACAUCAACAUCAAAAAUUUGAAUCUCGAGUUUUUGAGGAAGCAAAUUGGGAUGGUGAAUCAAGAACACGUUUUAUUCAACGAGAGCAUUUUGGACAACAUCAAACGAGGUAAAGGUGAUGGUGAUAAUAAUAUCAGUGACGAAGAAGUUGUUGAAGCGGCUAAAACAGCGAAUUGCCACGACUUUAUCAGUGCAAUGCCAGAGGGGUACAACACUGUAGUCGGUGAUCGUGGGAGUCAGCUGUCUGGCGGACAAAAGCAGCGCAUAGCAAUCGCAAGAGCACUGAUCAGAAACCCAAAGGUGUUGAUACUUGACGAGGCAACAAGCGCACUCGACACACAAAGCGAAAAAGAGGUGCAAAACGCACUUGAAAAUGCAGCAAAAGGAAGAACAACAAUCAUCAUCGCACAUAGACUGUCCACAAUCAAAAACGCAACAAAGAUCUGCGUCUUUGAAAAUGGUAAAAUCAUCGAAAGUGGAAGUCAUGCAGAACUGAUGGAUUUGAAGGGAACUUACUCGACUUUAGUGACUUCUCAGAAAGAGGAAAUAUAA